CCACGAUCAAGACAAACGCACGGACAAAGAUAGGGGACAAAGACACAGAUUCUGGACAGAGAACAACAACAAAAAAAGACAAAUCGAGAAAGUUUAUAACGAAGACACGGGACAGAGCCAAAGGACAAGGGAUAAAAAGACAAACACAAAGUAUAAUAUCACAUCACAUCAACAUUCAAAAUGGUACAACAGCUCAGUCUCUUCGCAAAAGUUGAAGCAAACCAACAUCCACUGUUGACAAAGGUGCUAUCGACAUUGACAGGGUUACCACCUCACAAGCUGGAAUACCUCUCGCUAUUAAUGGUGCCUAAGAACAUCGUCAAGUAUGAACCGAAUUCCAAAAACGCACAGUUUGAACAACACAGGCUCAAGUUAAACACUUCGUUCGACCCUUCCAAGCAGAAAUCUGACUACAAGGAGUGGAUUCUCCAGGCUACAGACAUUCCAAGUGCUGGUAAGAGGAAGACUCUCACACAGAAUCUGGUUGAGAGUUGUAUAGUUCUGAACGAAUCGCAGAAUAUCGAAUCCAUGUUUGACAAGUUAGGCUAUGCUGUUGAGAAGGAGUUCGUCGUUAGAGGCCAAAGAUGGUGCUAUGGAAAUGUUGUAAUCAAAGUGUUUCAGGUACUUGUCGGCGAGGAGCGAACACCCCUGGAUUCUUCUUAUGUGGUGAAGUGCUUUGUUAACGUGGAUAAGACCACCGAUGUUGAGCUUCUACAGAGAUCUACACAGGAAUUGUUAUCGUUAAAGAAUGAACUAACAGGGUUAAUAGAGCUAGAGAUACCGGAUAGAAACAGUAUGGAUUCAAGAAUCGGUAUCAGAAAAUGACCAAUUGAGCUCUCAUAAUCAAAAUACUGAUCCUAGUGCUAAUUACGAUGUGGCAUCCGAGACCAAUUGUCCCUUCACCAGCUCGAAUUUCCGAAAUAUAUACAUACAAGCUCAAUAAAAAGGCACAACAAAUGAGUACACAGGCGUACACACCAUAAC